UAUAGAUUGCAUAUGCAUUCUACUGCAGAUUCAAUAGACAAAGCAAGAGAUGUUGAGAGUUUCAAUGAAGCUAGCCUCUUUACUAUGUGUUUUCAUGGCUGCAUCUUUUUUGGCAUCGAGUUCAAGUGCAAGAUUAGCUGAAGGAACAGAGAGAAAGCAGUUGUUCAUGACUGGGCAACUUUGCAGAUCUCAUCAUGACUGCAAAGCCAACAGCCUCUACACUGGAAACUUCUGCAUCAACAAAAUCUCUGAAUCUCAAAUCGGACAUUGCGUUGGAUUUGGUUCAACUUUGGAAACAGAGCUGGAAAACAGCAAGUGCAAGAAAGAGAAGCACAAGAAGAAGAAGGAGAAGAUGAAGAAGAAGAAGAAAAGCAAGGCAAAGCCCAGUGGUUGUGGAAAGUGUGAAACAGACGACGAUUGCAGGGGCUGCCCAGUAGCAGCGGCAUGUGAGAAAAUAAUUUUAGAUGGCAUGUGUGUUUGAUAUAUAUCUCCUAUCAUAUCAUUCACAACAUUAUAUCCCUAAUAAUGAUAUGAUGUCCAUGCAUUAAUCCUACAAGAGAUCAAUUAUCUGCCUGCAUGCAUGCUUAAUUAUGUAAUAUGUUGUUGUAUUGCAUGCAAUGUUAUGCAUUGAUGGUUUCAUAAUAACUUUCCUCUUUUAUUGUUUCUU